AUGACUGAUAAUCAACCAACAACAGAAGUCAAUAUCUACAAACCCGACGAAGAAGGUAAUGCUGUUGUCAUCGAGGGUGAAAAGAACUGGACUAAUAAUGAUGAUCCAGCUGUCACAGAAGCUCACCAUCAGAAAGAACAAAUAAUCAUCGAGAAUCCCGAUGAUCCGGCUUCGACUGUUACCCAUCGUCUGGAAGACGUUCAUAUUACAGUUCAAAAUGAAACCAGUACAUCAGAACCAACUCCUAUGGAUACAAAAACAGAAGAAAUCAAAGCUGAAGCUCACGAAGUCGCUGAUAAAGCCGAACAGAAACUAGAAGACGCAACACAUGCCGCUAGUGAAAAAGCUAGCGAAUUGAAACACGAUGCUGAAUCUGCUAUUCAUAAAGUGGAAGAGAAGGCUGAAGAGCUGAAAGAAGAUGCAACAGACAAAGCGAAAGAAACUGCCCAUGAUGUUGAAAAGAAAGUCGAAGAAUUGAAGCACGAUGCUGAAGAAAAAGCAUCGGAAGUAUCACAUGCAGUCGGAGAAAAAGCUGCCGAAUUGAAACAAACUGCUAAGAAAAAAUCGAAAAAGGCAGCAAAAGAUGUGCAAGAAAAAGUUGACGAAAUCGUUGCUGAGACAAAAGAAGCUAUUUUAACUGGCGAGAAGAUUGCUGAAGAAAAGCUAACAGCUGCUAAAGAAAUUGUGAAAGAAACAACACAAGAAGCAGUUGAAAGCGUCAAACAUGCAGCACAUGACGUCAGUGUGAAGGUCCAAGAAUUAGAAAAAUCAGCGGAAGAAAGCUUGAUUAAAGCUGAAAAGAUUGGCGAACAAAAACUCGAAGAAACAGCAGCAUGGCUUGGUGAAAAAGGAUCUGAAGCUAUGGCGAAAGGUAGUGAGGUACUCGAUGCAACUAAGCAAGCACUUGCUACUGGCGCUGCAGUGGUCAGCGAAAAGGUCAAAGAAGGAGGUGAAGCCGUAGCCGAUGCCGCUUCUAGCGCCAAAGCAACUGCCGAACAAUUAGCAACUGAUGCGAAAGCGAAAGCCACUGCUGCUGCUGAUGUUGUGGCCACAAAAACAGUUGAAGCUGCUGAAGCUACAAAGUCAGCUGCACAAACCGCUGCUGGAGCAGUUCAAGAAAAAGCCAGUGCAGCCGUCGAUAGUGCAAAAACAACCCUAUCAUCAACAGCAGCUGCACCACGCGUCGAAGAAGUCACUGUUGAUAAAACUGUAACAACAACAACAAGUGCUGUCGCAAAUAACGUCUCUCAAGAGGCCUAUGUUACCAAAACAUCAGCUGAAACUGCUCACGGCCCACAUCCAGUAACGAGUGAACAAGUCGCGCCAGCCAAAACACCAAGUGGUCCAAUAACUUCGAUUCGAAACUUCUUCAAAAAUCUUUUUUCACCGAAAUCAGCACCAAGUGCGGCAACGACCACAACUGUCGCUCAGACAACCACAGUAACAACAACAACAGCAGCAGCAGGAGCGACGGCAGCAUCUGCUACGCCAAAUAAUCCUCCAUCAACGUUAUCAUAA